AAGAGUUUGGACAACAUUGACAGCAGUUCAAUCGAAGAAUGGAGAGUUUGAUCAAACAAACAAGGGUGAGAUUUUCGGGGGCAGGACGAGAUAGCAAGGAAGAGAGCAACAGAACCAAAGAAUCCUUUGAAGGAGAUAAAAAGUCACAUAAGUGGUUCCAGAGGCAGUUAUCUAGGCGAAUGAGUCACGAUUAUGACUCUGGUGAUAGUGAAAUUGCAACUGCAAUUGGAGCAGCUGCUUUUGCCAUACAUGCACUGGAAGAAGCCAGGUUACAGCAUCAGAGAAAUGUGAGAGAGGGCUUUGACACCUCCAUGAGCAGGGCGAAGACAAGAAAAGAAGAGCAGUCUAGGCCACCAGAUGCUGGGAGAGUAUCCAGGCGAUUGUCUGGCAAAGAAACUAGAGAACCAGUCGAAACCUCCACAAGAAAGCUGCCUGCACCUCUUCUGAGAGGUCCAACAAGGUCCAAAAGCAUAGAAACCAAAGCAGAUGCUUGGAAGGAAGCUAAGAUGGCAAAGAUUCAAACAAGAUACGAGAAAAUGAAUUCAGGAAUGCGUGCGUGGGAAAAUGAGAAAAAAAAGAUAGCACAAUAUGAAAUGGAAAGGAAAAAGAGUGAACUGGAGCAGAGAGGGGCUAAGAACUCGAAACAUUACCAAAAUAAGCUAGCAAGGAUUGUUCGUAUUGCUGAAGAAGCAAGAGCACAAGUUGAAGAGAGAAGAAAGCAGGAAGAAUCUGAGGUGAAAGAGCGAGCAAAAAGCAUUCGAUCAACUGGAAAGUUUCCCCAUAGUUGUUUCUGCUGCUGAAUCUCACAAAAAACUACAAAACUCUUUGAAAGCCAAAUAACACCUGAAGUUGUCAAACCUUCCCUACAAGAACCUAAAUAAUUGGGGAAAGAAAAUUGUAUCAUGUGUCAAAGUAGUGUAUAUAUUUCAAAUGGGAAUUGAAUAGUAGAAAUGU